GAUACGCGGAGAUCAUCCGCAAGUGAAGCUGAGGACUCUUCCCGGGUAGAGGCAUCCUGUUCUCUCUGCCUCUCAACCUUACCGCUGCUGACGCGCUGUUGUGAAGUCCUACAAGCUCUCUGGUCUUCGGGCCUAAAUCACGUUAUCCGUUUUGCCCGUCGUCACGUCCACCUCGCCUCUGGCGGUGCACCGCAAUUCAACUUCCUCCCAAAUAUCCGCAGCUGCGCCUCCCGACCCCUUCAGGAGCGCAUCAAACUCAUUGCGCCCUGGUUUUCUGCUCAGCGUCUUCUGGAACCCAACCUUGCGACCACAGAGAAGGUGACUUGA